AUUGCUAAUACUCUAAUUUUUUUUCAGUUGAGAACUAGUGUAUAAAAAUAGUUGCAGCCAUGAGUGAUGAUCAACAGUUUUGUUUGAGGUGGAAUGAGUUCCAGAGCAAUAUGGUAUCCUCAUUCAGGCAUCUGCGGGAGGAGAAAAGCUUCACAGACGUCACGCUUGCCUGCGAUGGGCAGACCUGCAAAGCUCACAAAAUGGUCUUGUCAGCUUGCUCUCCUUAUUUCAAGGCUUUAUUGGAGUUGACUAUUUUGCAGGAAAAUCCCAGCAAACAUCCAAUCAUCAUCCUCAAAGAUGUGCCUUUCAAUCAUCUCACGUCCAUCCUUGAGUACAUGUAUGCUGGAGAGGUGAACGUGGCACAAGCUGAGUUGCCGGCUUUCCUUAAGACGGCCGAGAGGCUCAAAGUUAAGGGAUUAGCGGAAGUCAACCAGAAUGACCGCCAAGAUCGUUGAAGAAACCUGUGAGUGUAAUGCGACGUCAUCAGUCACGUCACGCCCCUCGUCUCUUCUCUGCGUUCUCAUGCGGAGCUUUCUUCCUGAUUAUACAAAAGAGAAUAAUAAUAUUGGUUUGUAAUUAUCUUCUUUUAUUUAUGCAAGGCUCGGCUACUCAUUUUAGUUAUGCUCAAACGUAUGUAGCGCUAAGUCUGUUCGUCUUGACGCUGUCUUGCUUCAAUGUUCUAUAAGUCGAGUGCGUCAAAGCUGCUGUAAAAUAAAAUGCACUCUAUAAUAAAAUCGUUUGGAGGCACCCAUGCCCCAAGAAACCAUGUAUCAUCCAUCCAAAUUAGAGUAUGCGGUUAAUGCAUAGGUGUGAAUAUUCUCAACUGUACGGGCUGAAGGUUAUAUCAAUAUUAUUGGUCAAUAUCUCCAGUGGAACUAAGUAAUUUAAGUGCUGUGCUGCAAGUUUUUCCCCCUCAUCUUAAUUGCAAUCACGUCGCAUUUGAAAUAAUUUUUAUGCGAUGGCUGAGAACGUCACUUGAAAAAUUAAA